AUGUCCCAAAAUGACCUCCAGCAGCUGGGCCAGGCAAGUCCAUACCUCACCGCACCUCAGCUCCUAGCCCGAUCUCCUUCGCUCACCUUCCCUCGUGAAAGCGACCCAGUUGAUCGAGACACUCUACUCACCCCACACCCCACCGUCCUUGCAAACCUCCCUGCAAUCCCAACUGCAAACAAUCCAAUCCAACCCCGAAUCAUGGUCUUUGAUCUCCCCCAUCUUAGCCUCCUCCACGUCUCCAUAUCCAACUCAAGUCCGUUUCUUCGCUGCUUCGACACUGCAACUCAAGAUCGCCCGAGCUUGGGAUUCCUUACCGGAGGAGCAGCAUCAGCUUAUCAAAGAACAAGUACUCGAGUGGUCGUCCCGAUCAGCAUCAGCAAGUUACCCACGAUCAGCAGCAGCAGCAACAGCAACAACUUCAUCAAGUAGCUCAGCACCGGCCAACGUCGGCGAAAGGAUCGUCUUGAGAAAACUCGCCAGUGCCUUGACGAGUCUCAGUCUGAGGCUAUUCGAUCAGGGAUGGGACCACUGGUUGUUAGAGAUCAUCACCCGCGUCGUAGCGGCUGGUACAAGUACCGAAGGCGUGUUGCAGGUGCUCAGUGUCGUGAUUGAACAAGUCGCCAGAGCAGAAUUGUCGGCAACCAAGAGGUGUGUCCAGGACAUGUUCCUAGCAGAGGCCAGCCAGCCACGAAACAUGUAG